AUGGCGCGCACCAAGCAAAAUGAUACUGAUGACCCUGCUCACAUGGCGCGGUUUCUGGCUAUCAUCAACGGCGAACCUGAAGAACGAAUCAUUGGUCCAUCGUCUGCUUACAAUGUCCAGUGCCAGGAUUCAACUGCACCCGGUAACGUUACGCUGGCCGAUACCGCAGUUAAUCUAAGUGACCUUGGUCCCUCUUCGAUUCCUCAGUCAGAGUCAGUUGCAGCAAUGAGUACUCCGCCUGUCAGUACCCCAGAUAUGAUUGGCAAGGCAUUGGGAGAGAUCAUCAACGGUGACGAAGGCCAAUCUCACCGUGAGCAGAACCCCGAGACAGCUAUGGCAUCAAGUGUCCAGAAAGAUUAUGAUGCUCAAAUCACUGGAAAUCAUGGCGAGGGCCACCGUGCUUGGACAUCAACUCAGAAAGCUCUGCUCGCUAGACAGGCUGAAAUGGCAAAGAACACGAAAGGUUGGAUGGAUAACGUCGUUGCCAGUUUUCGCAAAGCCAACCAAGGUGAACUGGUUCAAGGAAAAUGUGCUAAUACGGUCGGGAUGGCACUCACUACCGAAGAUCAGGCAUCACACUCACAGUCCCCGGAAACCGAGGCCUUCCCAACCUUCGACGAAUCAGUGCAACCCAACGCACUUGGAGGAGUGCAGCUUGUUAAUGACACCUCCUCUAGUCAAGCUGAUCGGGAAAACUCGAGUGUUGAUGGCAAUGCAUCUGACGGUGAAUCCCCAAGUCCCGAGCGUCCCCAUUCUCGACAAGAAGAUCACAGUACUGGAGUCAAGGUCCCUAGUGAACCCUCUAAAAUAGUGCAGUCCCCUACUAUUGUGGUCACGACUAGCACAGAUACUGAGGAGAGUGAUGUUGGGCCUGACAGUCAAAGUGAGGGAGAUCGUCAGCAUCCUGCGCACUUCAAAUCAUGGGGUACUCCUGCAGCAAGAAACCAACCAAGAUCUCAUAUCCGCACUGUCCUCCUCGUGGGUCUUCCUGGCACUGCAGACCUGACGCUCGUCCAAUCUCUCAUUCAUGGUGGUACUAUCGAGACGAUGAGACUGUUGCCAGGCGAUACCGAGACUGGAACCACAACUGCGUAUGUUACCUUUACAAGCCCAGAAGCCUUCAAACAAUACUAUUCAAAGUACCCCAAUGGAUUCGAACUUCGACACAAGGGCAAGAAAUACAACGUCCUUGUGGACAAGCAAAAGCGGGUUGAUGUCAUGAGCAGUGCUAUGAAUGCAUACCUCGAAUGUGGAGCUACCCGUGUCCUCAAGGUCAGCGGCGCAGAGGAUGAUUGGGGAGUUGUGGCUUUACACAAGAUUGCCACCGGCAAGUCCAACACCCGUCAAAUCGAAGCUAUCACAGAUACCUAUAGCAAUUUGAGACAGGUCCGCACGAUUUUCUUCCGCUUCACCAAUAUUCCAGAUGCCGUGAAGUUCAAAGCGCACCUUGUACGAGAUGUCGACUGGGAAUCAUGCAGGUUCGAAUUUGUGGAGGAUCCAUGUGCGAAGGCAUCUGGCUUUCACUGCGGUCGGGUCUAG